AUAGACGGUUUUUGUACCAAUUUCCCACCCCAACAAAAUAUCUAUUAAGGGUAGAGAGGUUGGGGAAAAGAAAAACUGUUGCUAAUAAAGAUAAACGUUACACGACAAACUUGACAAAAUGUGGGACAUGACCGAAGUGUAAAAAUUUGAAAAUGUGGGGUAAAUUGGGUAAUUAAAAAGUUAAGAGAGUAAUUUCGCAAAUUUGUGUAAUUUACCAACUAAUAUUCGUAAGAAUUGGGAAAAAUUUCUUUAGUGUUGUCUUACAAGUUAUAAAAUGUUAUUUACCCACUUCUUCCUUCAUCUCGUCUUUGAAAAAAAAAAGAAAAGUAAAAGAAAGCUCACUUUUUGCGACAAGAAAAUGAAACUCACUUUUAUUAGGAAAGAGAUUGACCAAAUUUCUAAUUUAAGGUAGUCUCUUCCCUCCUUAUUGUGAGCUAAACCCUAACUGUAGGGAUCCCCUCUCAAAAAAGAUGCGACACCACAAAUUUGAAGGGCCUAUUUUUAAAUCCUCUUUGGGACAUAUGUUUUAUAAAUAUGCACAAUCUCAUCUCCCAUUUCAAUCAAACAUCUCUUAAUUAAACAUUCUCUAAUACUACAACAUCCAAGAGUACUUUUCACAUUGAGAAACAAAAAUGGCGUUCAACAAGAAGCUUUUGUUCUCCAUUUGCUCCGCCACAUUAGUGUUCACUCUUGUCUCCGCCCUUUCCCCUGAAGAGAUCAAAGCCGCCAUGGAUGAACACAACCACCCCCGUGCUGAGGUUGGUAACGCUCCACUCAAGUGGAACGUGACCUUAGCCCAGUACGCUAAAGAAUAUGCUGACAAAAGAGUUGGCGACUGCGCAAUGGAGCACUCAAUGGGGCGUUGGGGUGAGAACUUGGCCUCAGGUGCCGGCAUGAGCGCCGCCGAUGCCACCAAAUAUUGGGUUACCGAGAAGGAGUUCUAUGACCACAAAUCAAACAAAUGUGUCAAAGAGGAAUGUGGUCACUACCUUGCUGUGAUUUGGGGCAAAACCACCGAGGUCGGAUGUGGCGUUUCAAGGUGCAACAAUGGAGUGAACUACGUCGUUUGCAGCUACGAUCCCAUGUACCAGCCGGAGGACGAACGUCCCUACUAGACACAUUUUUCAAAGAUGUCGAUCAUGACAAAUAUUUGAUAACAAAUCCAGGGAGGACAUCCUGCUUAAAUUAUUAACCUAGAAAUAAAUUGGGGAUGAGAGACCGUUAAAAUGUAACUGGUGUAUAGAAAUACAUCCGGACUCUCAAGAUCCCUUAUGUGACUAGCACAUGAUCCUUUAUUGUGAAAGGUAACGACACAAUAAUUAUUAAAAAAUGAAAAAAAUACAAAGUAUUAUUUUUUUGUAAUUUUAUACUAUUCAUUUUUCUUCUUCUCUAUACCUCUAUCAUCCUCGUUUGCUAUUUUGCAUUGGUUUCUUUGUGGUUGAAAAAAGGAGAUAAGAAACAAAUGUAAUAUCAAACAAUCAACGUUAAGAAAGACAUGAGCUUAAUUAAGUUGACUAAAGCAGUGUACUCUCUCUACACAAGUUCAAAUCUCUAUCUCCGUAUUUAAAUGAAUUUAGUGUAAAUUAUUCCAUCAUUUGUUAAAAAAAAAAAAAAAAAAAAAAAAAGAAAGAAUGCUAAGAUUUCUAAUCUUUUAAGAUUUAUAAAAUUACAAGUGGGAUAAUAACUAAACACGAUAAGAAGUGAAAGUUGUAUAGGAACUUUUAUUUGAACUGAACAUAUUGUAAAGGU